AUGCACCCAGUUAGUACUAUGGGAACCAGAUCGACAAAGCGAUACUCGCACCAAGCGUUGGUUACGAGGUCUGUGGGAUUCAACCCUGAACCACGGAUGCGGAAUACGAACACGACUUCUCGAUCCAUGUUGAUCCCGUCAGCCGAGGAGUAUCUCGCUUAUCGACUUGGUAAGGCAGCCGACGUCUAUGGUCCACAGUCGACAUAUGCACACCCAGAUUGA